CGAUCAUGUCAUGACUCGCUCUGUCAGGGACUAUCUACUUCAUGUACGUCGUAUCUAAUUUUCGCGCGCGUCGAUGGGCUGAGAGCUUAUGCACUCAUGUGCGAUUGCCAACAGUUUGAUGUUGCUAUUAACCGUCACUGCUUUCUUACUCUCGUAUUUCACUGUGCGGAAGUUGGCUUGCGUCAAGAAACAGGAUGUGCUCUACUUCGACACUUUUUCCCAGUCGUUUCAAAUGGUUCUGCUUGCGCGGUUGCUGCUCAACCUCCGGGAAGGUGCUCUCAAACAUGUCAUCAUGGACGAAGAAAAUUCCGGCUUCUCCCAUUUCCUGGACGACCUCACUCACGUGUCAAGCAUCGAGUUCAAUCCAGACCCAACGGACAAUACACCUCGUCUUGGCCUUCAUCAACCGACCACGGAGGAUGAAACUGGGGAUGAGCCAAGUGAUGUGGAUGAAGUAGCGGACGGGCACGGUAUUGAAGCUCACGAAUUGCGGGAAAUCAGCGUAGCGCGUGUUUAGACGGAGAACAGCAUUGUCAUCUACACAUAUGCAUACGUUC